CACUGACACAGACACACACACUCUCUCAGUCGGAGAGCAGAGAUGACGCUGUAACACACACACACACACACACACACACACUGCGCGGAUCCUGUGACUCUGCAGCACCAUGAAGAAAAGCUCUCUGCACUUUCUGAAACAGAAGAGUCCAAACCUGUUCGACACAAACGUCCAGAUCAAACACUACGACAAUGUGGAGUUUAAGCUGGACUCAGCGGCCAUCCCAGAGUCCGGCACGGCCAAAGUCCGAUCCAGACCCACUGUCAAACACUUCAGCACAUCUGGAGAUGGUGCGCUGGGCUUUGCAGUUCCCACACCUACGGUUCCUGUUUUGCCGCCUAUGAACGGACCCCAAAGCCACACAGGAAGCACCGAAAAACUCCCUAAUGGAAGCAUGAUUAGUGUUGCCGACCUUGACGAAGGAGAGAUUUUGAUUCCUGCUCCCCCUUCUGUAGCACCCCCACCACCACCCCAGUUCAUCCCUCCAUCACCACAAUAUAUACCUCCUCCAUUGGAGUUUUUUGGGGCUCUGGACCCACCUGUAGAUCUGGCAGCACUGCAGCCACCCUCCAUGCCUCCUCCCAAACCACCAUCAAUAACUGGCUUCACAAUAUCAGAGGAGCUAGAACUGGCAUCCCUCAAGCCUCCGCCAAUGGCUCCCCCAAAACCACCCACUGACAUCCCCAGCCUGAAGACCUCUGCCCCCAUCUCCAGCCCUAUAAAUGUUGUUCAGGGCAUCCCAGAGUGCCCUAAAUUCACCCCUCCGCUUCCUCCAGUGGAGAAACCCCAGUCUUCACUUAUCAAGGCCCAGAAGAUGCCUCCUCCAAAGCCAGUCAGGCUAUCCUCCAUCUAUAAUCUCACUGAGGUAACCCCAACUCCCACCCCUGCAUCAACUCCAGCUUCCAGCUUCAACCCCCAGACCACAGCCAAGCUCUACAGCGUGCCUAAAACGACAGUGCUCACCAGCCAAGCCGAUCGAGAGAUGAGGGCUCCGCACAUCCUGCUCCUAGAGGACACUUCUGGGAACCCAGUCGGGGUUCAUGUCAAUGGAAGAGCCCCUCUGUCAGCAAAGGAAGUAAGUCCAGCUCAAGACGUGGUACCCCCAGUCAAGCCAGUGCGUCGCAACAGCUCAGGUCUCCAGCUGGACACAGAUAUACUGGAUGGACUGGAAACACUUCCCAAUGAAGUCAGUAAACCAAACAGCACCUCCAAUGAGGAACUAGCAAAAGGAGUAACAUUACAAGAAGUUUCUAAUAAGAUCCCAGCUCCUGUAAAAGGUUCCCCCAAAACAGAAAGUGCUCUGGCCAUGCCAUCAGCACAAGAGGUGAGCCAAGUAAAGGAACUGCCAGCGUCUCCAAGCAAACCACGCUCCUACAGCCCGUUGCUGAACCGCAAACUGCACACCCUGAAGGGCCAUGAAGGGUCAAGCGGGAAAGAAACUGCUGCAUCUCCACUCGCCUUGCUGAAGGCUGCUAAGGAGCGAGAGAAGCAGCGAUCGGCUCUGUCUAGAAAGAGCAGCACCAAGAGCAGCAGCUCUGCUGAAUCAUUGAAUGUUGGCAUCCAUCCCAAUGAGACCAGACCCAACUCCUUCACAGUCACUCCAACACCUCUUUCCUCAGAAAGUCUCAACACAGAGCCCAAACAAUCUAUUUUAAUAGAGUCUCAACCCAAAUCUCAGAGCCCAAAGGUUUCCAGACCAGAACCUUCCCCAGUCUCCCACACUGCACCCUCCAAUAAUCCUGUGAAGCAUCCCACAUCAGCAUCCCCAUCUAGUCAGGAAGAUGGUAGUGAGGGAGCUGUUCACUACAUCCCUCCUCCCCCAGAGUUUGCUAAUUCUGAUCCAGAAGAUGAAAUCCCACCCAGCACUCCUCCACCUGACCCACUUGCAAAAAGUGUUGCUCAGCCUGUAAAAUCCAUUCCUGAUACCAAUGGUCCAGUUGCUCCUCCAAAACCCAAAACAUCUAGCACUGCGACAUCACCUUCAGCUGCUCCUAGCACCGAGCCCAAACUUAAAAAGCUGCAAAUCAAACAACAGGCCCCACCAGGACAGCCACCAGUUCAGGUCUCAGCUCUACCACUGACCCAACCCAAAACACAGACCCAAAUACAAACUCCCCCACCAGCCCAACCCAAAACCCAAAUUCCAUCUCCACCACCAACCCAACCUCCAGCUCCACCAACCCAACCCAAAACCCAACUUCCAGCUCCACCACCAUCCCAACCCAAAACCCAAAUUCCAUCUCCACCAUCAACCCAACCUCCAGCACCACCAACCCAACGCAAAACCCAACUUCCAGCUCCACCACCAACCCAACCCAAAACCCAAAUUCCAUCUCCACCACCAACCCAACCUCCAGCUCCACCAACCCAACCCAAAACCCAAAUUCCAACUCCCCCACCAACCCAUCCCAAAUCCCAAAUUCCAGCUCCACCACCAACCCAUCCCAAAUCCCAAAUUCCAGCUCCACCACAAACGCAACCUCCAGCUCCACCACCAAGCCAAACCAAAACCCAACUUCCAGGUCCACCACCAACACAACCAAAGACCCAACCUCCAGCUCCCCCACCAACCCAACUCAAAACCCAACCUCCAGCUCCACCUCCAGCCCAACACAAAACUCAAACCCAAUCGCCACCACCUCCUCAAGCCAAAACCCAAAUUCCAACUCAACCCCCUCCUUCUGUCUCUGCCAGCCAGGCCACCCUGCUCAGUAUCCUCCAGAAGAAGAUGCUAGAAAUGGACCCCAAAUUUGCUCCAGCACGAGAGACAGACUCCAGUGGGGAUGAUUGGAACUCCCCCCUGUCUGAUGAUGAUGGGGCAACAAGUCCUCUCCCUAAAACCAGCCCCAAACCCAAGACCACAACUGUGCCCAUACAGACACAAGGCUUAGACAUGAAAGAACUGGAGGCCAAAGCAGCUGAGAAAGCUCAGAACCUAGCUACCAAGGCACCAAGAAAUGGCCCUCAGUCCAAGCAGCAGUAUGGUAUGACUUUCACCAUCAGACCUGGAACCAAACAGCCCAUCACUCCUGUGAUGAAGACAGACUGAUCAUGGCUGGAACUCCUCAGCUGCUUCUUGUAGCGCCUGUGCAUGAAGUAAAUCCGUUGGGACCGUCAGUGGGACAGCACACAGAGACAGUCCUACACAGGCCUGAGGAAGUGGGGAUGUAUUUUUCCUGCAGAACAGCUGCAGGUUUUCCGUUCCUGUUGCUGUAUUGAAUUUCUGCUGCAUGUGCACCAAAGUCCAGGCCAGAUUUGUCCUCUGUAGGUCUUUGGCUGCUUCCUUAUCUGAGUGUAAACAGCGCACACCACCAACCAUGCCUUAAAACGGACCCUGUGUGAAGCACAACUGUGUACCUUCAGCUUCAGAGAAAACCUCUGGGGCCUUAUUCUGGCUGUAGUUUCAAACUGAACUUUGUCGCUGCUGCUAGAAUCUUUUCAGAAAGCCUGAAAAUGGACUUGAAAUGCAGGCAGAAAUAUAGAAAAUACUGUAAAUGUUUAUGUAACUAUAAACCACAGAGGGUGCAGGGCAGCAGGUCGUUCUUCGAUGUAACUUUGGUCAAUUUUUGAUCACAUCUCUCUCGUUAUUGUACAGAGAGAAGGUGCCAUUAUCCUCCUCCCAGAGGGAACACGACAGCGGAUCCUAACUGGAGUUUUUUUUUUAUUUCCUUUGUAAACAUCUUGGAACUGUUUACAGAGGUCAAAAUUGUUAGUAGACAAUCUUCCAGUACAUCGAGUACUGGGCCGGACAAAUCUAGAUGUCUUCAAAAAGCCCAGGUUCCACAUUCAGGUGUUAUAAACAGAACUCCAGUUUUACAGGUUCUACAGAGGAAGUUCUCAAAGCUCAGACAAGCUCAGUUUGGGUUUAGCACUUGGCUUGGUUUGUUUUCCAGUAGCUGGAGAACAGACAAUAAAAAAGCCCUAGUUUUUUAUUAAUGUUAAACAAGAACCAAGGGGUUUCUAAGUGGAAGCAGUGAGAUUUUGCUGUAUUCUUCACAGACCUUCACACAUCUGACUAUAAUAAAGAUUUAACAAAUCGCUGUUGUUGGAACAAAACCUCGUAUCUCCAAAAUGGUAAACAUACUGUAAUGUAAGUCAAUGGAACCAGAUUUAUAGAAGUAAUUUUGUUCUGGUUUUUGGCCACAUUUGACCACAUAAUAUAAAGAGGAACAGCCAUUUUCACACAACGUCAAAAACUGAAAAACAACCCAAAUGGGGAUUCAAGGCCUCCGUCAGCAGCGAGAUGCUCAAGAACUCUAAUAUUAAAGCAGUGCUUUGCAUGUAAGUCUGCGCUGAAACAGACAUGCUUUGUAAAUAACCCUACACGGAACUGCUACUCUGAACUUCUGCUUGAUCAGAGGAACAUGCGAUGACCAAUGAGCAGCACAGCUGAUGUAUAACAGUAUCUAUAACGUUUAUUACAGAAAUAUAGGGGAAACAUUUGUAUGCAGUUGAUCUGUUAUGCAGUCCUGACUGUUUAGCCAAAUAAAUAAAAAUGGAAACACAAAUCCAGAAAUGAAA